GGAUUUUCACGGCCACUUCCAGAUGGCAGCACGCUUUACGCCCACUAAAACGUCACAUUUUCCUGCUCCAGAUAACAAAACUCCAGCUCUGCCUCGCCGCUUUUAACUUGGUGAUUCAUUUAUUUCCAGCAGCAGCGACGAAAGAAGAAGCUGCUGGGAGCUCUGUCUCUCAAUGUCUGUCGGACUGCACCUUUAACGUCCCUGGAUGCGCUGCCUGCGUUCGUCCAAUUAGUGUGUAGGUGGAGCGCAGGAGGAAGCCGACCGCACAGCCACACCACACACACACAUACACACACACCCAGGGACAAGGACUUUUUUCAUUUUUUCAGUUCCCGGACGCGGUGACAAAGCGUCAGAAGUUACUUUACAGUUCACAAUCAGAAAGUAAAUCCCAGACAGAGAGAGUCCGAUGGUGCUGCAGGACGAUUUCCCCAUGAUUGAAGUGUCGAUACCAUCGAUGGAGAAGGAAGUGGAUGAGUCGGGAAAGUCCAAAAAGCUAUUCAGAGUUGAAGUCUUGUUUAAUGAGAGGAAACAUUUUGUGCUCAGAAGAAACAGUGAAUUCCACACCCUCCACAGAAAACUCAGGAAGAUCAUCCAAACUCCUGAUUUCCCGAGCAAAAGAAACCCACACCUGAGGACCAAACCUCUGGAGCAGAGGAGACAGGAGCUGGAAGAUUACAUCCAGGACAUCAUCUAUCAAAACGAAGACGUGCCACAGGUUCUGCUGGACUUCCUCCACGUUAAACAUUUCCACACAGGGAACAAGAUCAGCAGUUCAGAGUCGCUCGAUGACUUGGACAGUCAGGAUUACAAUUAUCUGUCACCUCAUCAGCGGGUGUUCGGAUUCUUUCAGGAUCCUUAUCUCUCCGAGCGCACAUCAGAUCUCCCAGAUAUCGUUGUGGACGGGGUUCUCCAGGGAUUUUACCCCCGAGACGUUCGAGUCACCUUCACCUCCCCCACCCUCCCCGAGCCUGAUGCCACUCCUUCCGUAGAGGGCUGACAGCACAGGCAAACACGCAGUACUAGCAGAAACAUGAAUGAAACAGCCAUCAGCAUCCAAACCACUGACAUAACAGAACACCUGUUCUGCGGUUGACCCCAUUUGGACGGAAAGACGUCUCCCAGGCUUCGUUUUUGCUAAUAUAUGUAUGUGCACAGCACCUAUUGUUCCAGCAGCAGUCUGAGGUUCUGAUAUUUAGACCAAGUACCAAAAUCCAACCUUAUUUUAACUUGAAAUUUUAGAGCAAGAUAUUUUUGUUUACAAAUUUAAUGUGUCAAAGUCGAAGCUUGGGUGUUGCACCGAGCUCUGGCUACAACUUGUAUAAUAUCCUUUCUAUCUUGUAAAUGUGAAGUAAACAUUUUUUAAGGCAGUUUUUAGUGUAACGUUUUUAACAUGUUUGUGGUUUUGUAUCAUGUUUAUAAUAAAGAAUCAAAUGGGA